AUGGCUCUACAAAACAUCAAGUACCUUGUCCGGGAAAAGGGUGGCCAAUUAGUGGCUACGAGCGUCCCUAAACCGAUAAUUGUCGAAGCCACUGAAGUCAUGAUCCGCCUAAAAGCCAUCGCUAUCAAUCCAGCCGAUUGCAAGAUGAUUGACCAGGGCCAUCGAGUCGCCUCAUGGCCUCUUGUGGCUGGCCUUGAUGGAUCUGGCGUUGUUGAAGCUGUCGGAGAUAGAGUAAAGAACUUUGCAAUCGGAGAUGAAGUAUUAGCUAUGUUUGCAUCCGGCGACCGUGGUGCGUCAUUUCAGAAAUAUGCCGUGGUACCAGAGAUGAUGGUUGCGAAAAAACCGUCGACAUGGUCCUUUGAGAAUGCAGCGACCUUAGGGGUAUGCUACCUCACAGCUAUGAUGGCUCUUGGAAUAGGGCUGAAAACUCGGCUUCCAUUUCUCUCAGGCGGGCCAACAACUGGCUUUAACCCUUCUGCGGUCCUCAUUCUCGGUGGUAGCUCUGCACUUGGCGCGGCUGUUAUUCAGCUUCUUCGUCUUGCGGUCCCAGAGUGCCUGAUAUUGGCAACCAGUUCGCCCAAACAUCACAAGCACCUCACCUCUAUUCUCGGAGCAGACGGAGCAUUCGACAGAAAUUCUACAUCCUUGAUCACAGAAGUAAAGUCUGCGUCUGGAUCUCAAGGAGUCGAUGCGAUCAUUGAUGCAGUCGGCGCUGGUAGCAACCAGAGAAACAUCUUCGAGGCAUUUAAUCCAAGUGGGCCCAAAAAAUAUGCCCAGGUUUGGACAGGCGAUGAGGAGAUUCAAGUCCCAAGCGGCGUGGAUUCGGUUAUGUUCAGAGGCCGCGAUCUGCUGCACUUACAAGGGGGAAAUAACAUAAUGCUGGCCCUGCAAAAGUUGCUGGAAGAUGAUAACUAUAAACUGCCACUCCCAGUUCAUAGAGUGGGCGAAGGCCUGGAAGCGCUGCAGAAGGGGUUGGAUUUGAUGCGACAAGGAGUUAGUGGAGAGAAACUGGUGGUUUCUGUAUAA